AUGGGCCAGGACAGGGUGAACAGUAUGGACCAGGACAGGGUAAACAGUAUGGACCAGGACAGGGUGAACAGUAUGACUAACGAGAGGGUGAACAGUAUGGACCAGGACAGGGUGAACAGUAUGGACCAGGACAGGGUGAACAGUAUGGACCAGGACAGGGUGGACAGACAGGUGAACAGUAUGGACCAGGACAGGGUGAACAGUAUUGACCAGGACAGGGUGAACAGUAUGGACCAGGAUAGGGUGAACAGUAUGGGCCAGGACACAGUGAACAGUAUGGACCAGGACAUGGUGAACAGUAUGGACCAGGACAGGGUGAACAGUAUGGACCAGGACAGGGUGGACAGACAGGGUAAACAGUAUGGACCAGGACAGGGUGAACAGUAUGGACCGGGACAGAGUAAACAGUAUGGACCAGGACAGGGUAAACAGUAUAGACCAGGACAAGGUGAACAGUAUGGACAAGGACAGGGUGAACAGUAUGGACCAGGACUGGGUGAACAGUAUAGACCAGGACAGGGUGAACAGUAUGGACCAGGACAGGGUGAUCAGUAUGGACCAGGACAGGGUGAACAGUAUGGAGCAGGACAGGGUGAACAGUAUGGACCAGGACAGGGUGAACAGUAUGGACCAGGACAGGGUGAACAGUAUGGACCAGGACAGGGUGAACAGUAUGGACCAGGACAGGGUGAACAGUAUGGACCAGGACAAGGUGAACCGUAUGGACCAGAACACGGUGAACAGUAUGGACCAGGACAGGGUGGACAGUAUGUAAAAGGACAGGGUGAACAGUACAGACCAGGACAGGGUGAACAGUACAUACCAGGACAGGGUGAACAGUAUGGACCAGGACAGGGUGAACAGUAUGGACCAGGCCAGGGUGAACAGUAUGGACCAGGACAAGGUGAACCAUAUGGAACAGGACAGGAAGAACAGUAUGGACCAGGACAGGGUGAACAGUAUGGACCAGGACAGAGUGAACUGUAUGGACCAGGACAGGAAGAACAGUAUGGACCAGGACAUGGUGAACAGUAUGGACCAGGACAGGGUGGACAGUAUGUAAAAGAACAGGGUGAACAGUAUGGACCAGGACAGGGUGAACAGUAUGGACCAGGACAGGGUGAACAGUAUUGA